AUGACUCUUUUGGCGAUAGCCAUGAGCAGGAGAAUCACCAUUGAUGGGGAAAUAGAUAAUAAUCAGUACGAUGCACGUGCAACGUUCUAUGGUGACAUGACCGGUAGCGAAACCAUGCAGGGAGCUUGUGGGUAUGGUAAUCUUUUUGAUCAAGGGUACGGCCUCAGUACAGCAGCCCUAAGCUCUGCACUCUUCAACAACGGACUCACUUGCGGCGCUUGUUUUGAGCUCCAGUGUGUCAAUGCUCCACAAUCAUGCAUUAAAAAUGCUGGCACUAUCAAAAUCACUGCAACCAAUUUCUGCCCUGCUAACUACAGUAAGACUCAAGACAUUUGGUGCAAUCCCCCACAAAGGCACUUUGACUUGUCCUUGCCUAUGUUCACAAAAAUUGCACAAUAUAAAGCUGGGAUUGUGCCUUUUAAGUAUCGCCGAGUCCCAUGCACUAAGCAAGGAGGAGUCAAGUUCCAGAUAACAGGAAAUCCAUAUUUUUUGCUUGUGUUGUUGUACAAUGUUGGAGGAGCUGGGGAUAUUUCUGAUGUCAAAGUCAAGGGCUCUAAUACCGAUUGGAUUCAAAUGUCUCGCAAUUGGGGCCAAAAUUGGCAUACUGGCACACAGUUGGUAGGACAAAGCUUGUCAUUCCAAGCGACUACUAGUGAUGGAAAAACAUUGGAGUUUGAUAAUGCUGCACCUCCUAAUUGGCAAUUUGGUCAAAGUUAUUCUGCAACGAUUAAUUUUUAG